AUGCCACCAAAUCAUAUAGAAGCCUAUCCUCAAAUAACAGUUCCCCGUUUAGAAGACUAUGAUAUUGAUCCAGUAACUGGGUUCUUACCGCCUACCCCACCAUUACGGCGUCUGUCUGACCCUUACUAUGAGCCUUGGGAGUCGCUACUCGAUAUCUUUCAUGAUCUUAUGCUAGCUGGGAGAUUAAGGGAGUGUAUUGGAAAGUUAGAACUACUAAAGACAGAUCGUUUGAAAACGCCAGCUGAAUUUCGACGCGCCUUUCUUGUUCUCUCUAUUCUCGCCCAUGGAUAUAUAUGGGGUAAUUUUGAGCCAGUUGUUGACAGACUGCCAGCAUGUUUGGCUAUACCUUGGGUAAAAGUGUCUGCUUACCUCGAAGUAGCACCGAUCGUCAAUCAUGCAGCCGUGGUCUUGUGGAAUUGGCGAUUGAUUUUUCCGAACGAACCAUUAUGUCUAAAUAAUCUGGCGACAUUGGAUACGUAUUCAAACACACUGGAUGAAUCCUGGUUUUAUCUCGUAACAACCGCGAUAGAAUGUAUUGGGAGUCGUGCGCUGACUGCUAUAGUAUCCGCUAUCCAGGCUUCUCGCGAUGCAAACAACAAGGCUCUUAUUGCGUCGCUCACUGAUAUAAGCAAAGCGAUAUCAGAUAUCCGUGACAGUCUUCAACGAAUGUAUGAAAAAUGUGAUCCAUAUGUGUUCUAUUGGAAAGUACGGCCAUAUUUGGCAGGUUGGGAGAACGAAGAUCGAUUACCGAAAGGAAUUAUAUACGAAGGAGUGGACGAAGUCGAUGAAAAGGGCGAGACCAUAUUUAGACAGUAUGUCGGAGCAAGUGCUGGUCAGAGUGCGCUGAUACAAGCGCUGGAUAUUGCAUUGAACGUCGAGCAUUAUCCGACAAAUACGAACCCAAAAGCAAAGGGACAUUCAAAUAUUUUCAAUGCUCUUCAUUCUACCUCUCCCAAAAACUCAUCCUCAUAUCCAAACAACAUCCCGCCAGUUCAAGCGGAACACAGUAUCACACCCCGCCAACCUUACUUGCACAAAAUUCGCCAAAACAUUCCUGGCCCGCAUCGGCGAUUUCUCGAAGACCUUGCCAAAGUAGCUCACAUACGCGAAUACGUCAUGUCUCAGGUGGACUGCAGCGAUGGAGAUGAUGGAGAUGCGGAAGUUGCGGCGUUAGUUGACGUUUAUAAUGAGUGUUUGACUAGGAUGAAUGAAUUUAGGAACAAGCAUCUACAGAUUGUUAGUGUAUAUAUUAUCAAUCAGGCAAGGAAAAGCGGCGGAUUGCAUUUUAAUUCGAAGGAUCAUGCACCUAGCCUUGACAAAGGAUUCUCUGCUGGAAUAUCUACAACCAAUUUAAUCAAGACAACAGUUCAUAGAGGCACGACCGCAGCCACAACUAUGGAGAACUCGACCACAACCCAUUCUGGUACGAUCAAAGGUACUGGCGGGACCGACUUGAUGCCGUUCUUGAAGCAGAUGAGAGAUGAGACAGCAUCCAAAGAGAUCUAUUUAGAACAGUAA